UGAUUCCGGGGGGAGGGGGAGAGAAGAGCCACCUUGGAGGGCGGCGGGGAGACCCGAAGCCUCCUGUAGCCACGCCCCUUUCACCUUCGGACAUCUCCGUCAUUUAGAACGCUGGACUCGCCCAUUCGAACCUGGGGGGGGGGGUUUCAUUGAUUGGUUGGUUCGUUCCUGUGACUCCCCUUGCCUUCACUUUUUGAUGCCCCGUCACUGCUCUGCGACUGGCUGCUGCACCCGUGACACACCUGAGACACGCAACCGAGGCAUUUCCUUUCAUCGACUGCCAAAGGACAAUCCCCGACGAGCAACAUGGUUGGAAAACUGUCGGAGAAAGGACAUGAGUGGCCAAGGUCUUUGGGACCCUGCCUCUAAGUAUGUUUACUUUUGCUCCAAGCACUUUGAGAAGAGUUGCUUCGAACUGGUGGGCACCAGUGGUUACCAUCGGCUCAAGGAGGGUGCUGUUCCAACUAUAUUUGAAUUCCAUGGCAAGCCGCACCAAAAAUCAAAGCUAGGCAACUCCAAACUGGCAAAACUAAAGCAGAAGCAAAGCUGUAAUCCUUGUUCAGAGGAGUCACCUCCAUUGUGCAUGGAUAUCUCAUGCUUCCCAGCACAAGAGCUACCAAGUCCUGGAGCUGCUCCCACUAGUGGUGAGCCUCGAAGCCAGCCCAUCCUUCCUGGGCCAGAAGCAGAACCCUUGGCCACUCUGUCAGACAUUCACCAAGAACAGUCUCCAGCUGCUACAGCCCAAGAAGAAGCAUCUCCGUCUCCAGCUCUCCCUGAAACUGUGGGUGAUCCAUCCCAUCCUGUGUCUCUCUCCCUAUACAUGCUGCGCCUCCCUCCUCCUGCUGGUGCCUACAUCCAGAAUGAGCACAGUUACCAGGUGGGUAGUGCCUUGCUGUGGAAACGACGGGCAGAAGCUGCACUCAGUGCUUUGGGGAAAGCACAGCGGCAAUUGCAAGCCUGUCGGCGCCGGGAACAGCGACUCCGCCUGCGGAUCUGUGAGCUACAGCGUGAACGACAGCCACACAGUGCUGAUGCGCAUCGACGACUUAAGGAGCAUCUGCAGGUCUUCGAACUACAGCUACUCAAUGACCUUGAGUGACUUUGGGAUGGGCCAAACCUGACAUUUCCCUGAUUGGCUCAGUUAUGGCUUUGGCUAUAGGAGACCUCCAUUGGCCAAGCUAUGUGUCAGAGCUUGAAGCUGUAUGAACUAAUGGGUCAUUUGACACUUGCUUCCUUCCCUUGACCACUCAUGUUUACUCUGUAUCUGUAAAUAAAGAUUGUUUUGUAUGAGUGGGAUAGUGUCCCAACUCAACUGAAA